UGUACGAACCAUCCACUUACUCCACUCCGCUGUCUCUACGUCACAUAGAGGAAUGGACCGCGAUAUAUCUAACGGAUUCGUUUGUGAAGAUUACAGCCACCUCGAUAUCCACCUCAACACCCUGACCCCUCGGUGAAUCUGUCAAGAUUGAUGCCGACGUGUCUAUCUCAACAAUUGAGAGCUCACCUUGCCUCCGUCUGAAUAGAUUGCCAACUUACCUCUCAACCCUCUUCGACUCUGCUCCUCAAAGUGAUUCCUGCUCACCCUCUAAAACAUCUUCCAUUUCUGAACCAUCAUGUCUAAGCAGCUUCUCCCGUCAUGGGAUCCCUCCGAACCUGCUCCUAGCUAUGAAGAAUCCAUUGCCCCAAAUGGUGGAAACCUUACAAGAUCAGCACCAUCUUUACAAAGAGAGAAAUCCCCUUCAAACUCGACAUCACUCAUCCGUCUAGAACGCACCCGCCGCAUCCAGCAACAGAUUACUGACUUUAUUGUCCCUUGUUUCUUAGAACACCUAUCUAAUGCCGUCAACAACUUGACCAUCCUUCUCGUCCCAUCAGACUGUCUUUCUCAUUCCGGUCCUCACAAACCCAUCACCGCCCAGAAUGUUGUCUCCCCUUCUUUCCAGGUGCUCAACACGACAGGCUCGGUGAUAGAAAUGACGGGCGAUGGCAAUCGCAAUAGUUUCUGGAUCCAACAGCCUGUUCUCAAUGAAUUGGACAUUCUCCUACGAAGAGAAUUGACUGGCGUUACGCCACCGCAAGACCCCCUGGACCCUGCUGCAAGCUACGGAUCGUCUUCUCGAUCUCCAACCCAGCAAAACUUGAUCCCUCAAUCAUCUGCUCCUUUACCAUCCCGUCCUGCCAAAAAGUCCUGGUUCAAGCGCGCCAUGCCUCAGCUACCAAGCCCCGAACAUGAUCCUACAGGCGAGACGGGCAAGUGGGAUCUAGGUUGGAGGAGUCCAGACGUCACCCGGGAGACUGAGAUGGAAGCUGCCAGACAGAAGGAACGUGAGUCUAGAGUCUUGAGGCAAGACGAGAUUGCAGUCAACACUAGAUUCCGUGACGUGAGUUUCCGCAUGGAAAAUGAAAUGGGGCUCCUCGAAACAAACACCAUCAAAUGUGUUUGGAUCGAGAUAGAGGUGGGAGUUUAGGGAGAUUCCCAUUCAAAUGUCACUUUGAUUAAACAGACUAUCACCUCUGUCUCAUCUACAGUUGUGCCAUAACCCGAGCCUCUUUAGCCAUAUCUUUGUCACGGCCUGACUCUAGUCAAGGGACAAAGACCGUUCGAUCUCUUUUAGCUGCCCACGCCUGCUCUGCAUCUUCGAGUUUCCUCACCUUGAGAUCGAGAUUGGGCAACUUGGCCACUGCGGCCAACAGUGACGGCAACUGUUCUCCAAAUUGUGCUCCAGACCAUGCACCAGGGCCAGAGCCUCUAAUUGUUAGGUUCUUGGAGCGGAAUAUGGCCGCGGGAAAUGAAAGAUCUUGCGAUGCCAUUGAUCCAAUUUGAACAUACUGGGUCGGCACAGAAGACUUGAGCGCGUUCAACAAUGCCAUUAUGCCUGGGCCAUAAAGAUAGUCGAGAAUGACAUCAACAUCACCCAGCGUCGAGUAGUCGGUCUCCUCAGGGUUGUCCUUGAGCACAAUGCGCUCGUCGAGGUCGAUGGCCGCGAGCUCCUUUGCGUUUCGUGCUAGGCCAAUGACACGACCGGCGCCAAUAAGACGCGAAAAUUGGACUGCCACUUUGCCAGAGAUGGCUGUCACUCCUACGAUGGCGACAGUGAAUUUUGCAGGGAGAUUCUCGGUGCGAGUCUUCAGUGCCAUCCACGAGGACAUGCCAGGAUUCAACAAUCCAGCGAUUUGCACAGGGUCAGCGCCUUCUGGGAUCGGGGUGAUGGCAGACUUGGGGACGGUGAUUGAUUCAGCAAAGGCGCCGCCUGUGGCGAUGCUGCUGAAAUAG